GUUGAUGUUUACGAGAAUUCCCUUCAGUCGUCGUUCUCUCUUGUUACUCGACGGAUAUACAACGAAAAGUAGUAAGAACAGAGUAUUUAGUUCCUGCAAACCCUUUGUGUCUGCCGUGUAUUAUCGGCGAUGGCAAGAAUCAACUUGAUAUUUACCUGUGUCCUGUGUUUAUGUUAUCAAGCGAUAUCCUCGGAGUAUUGCAAGCCUCCGGACUGGUUUCAAUGUAAGAACACCAGGUGCGUUUCCUCCUCUUUUCGUUGCGACGGUGACAACAAUUGCGGAGAUUUCUCCGACGAGCGAGACUGCUUGGACACCCCCGAUUCACCGCCAACCCCAGAGCCGAAGCAAUGCAGCCCCGAUGAAUUCAGAUGCAACAACGGCAACUGCAUUCCGCUGACAAAAUUCUGCAACAACAUCAACGACUGUUACGAUAACAGCGACGAGCACGAGGACUGCACCGCAAACAAGACCUGCAUCGCAAAUGAAUUUCGCUGCUUCGACGGCCACUGCGUCCAGGAGCGAUGGGUGUGCGAUGGCCAAGUGGAUUGUCCGGACCAUUCCGACGAGUACAACUGCACCCGCCAUCCCCCAGAGAACUGCACCCUAGCCAACGGCUUCUACAAAUGCAACAACAACCGCUGCAUCCCCCUGAACUCCACCUGCAGCAGCUUCAACGAGUGCGGCGACAACUCCGACGAGAACAGCACCCUCUGCAACACCGCCCUGGAGGCAUGCAAGAAGGCCAACUGCAGUCACAGCUGUCAGCCAACUCCCAGAGGUCCAGCAUGCACCUGCCCGCCAGGAUAUCGUAUGAUUAACGCGACCUGCGAGGACAUAAACGAGUGCCUGGAGAAUCCUCAGCUCUGCGAUCAGCACUGCAUCAACGAACCCGGAACGUAUUCCUGUCUCUGCGACAUAGCCUACGAUCUUCAAGACGAUCACCGCACCUGCAAGGUCGCGAAAGAUCGAGGAGAUGCUCUCCUGGUAUUCUCCUCAAAGACAGAAAUCCGCGGUUUCUACCUUUCGGACAAUGAAGUCUACUUUCCCAUUGCCACUAACCUGAGGCACGUGGUGGCUGUCUCCCUGGAUGCAACGUAUAUCUACUGGUCGGACAUAAAAACGGGAGACGAGGCGAUCUUCCGGGCUUUCGAGGACGGCCAGAAAGCCGAGGUAAUUGUCAGCGCCGGUCUAGGAGUUCCCGAGGAAAUAGCUGUCGACUGGAUAACUGGGAAUAUCUACUUCACCGAUAGCCUGUACAAACGUAUCGGAGUCUGCACCAACUCAGGAUCCCACUGCGCUGUCAUCAUAACGGAGGACACUGACAAGCCCCGAGGACUUGCUCUGCACCCAGCGACUGGAGAAUUGUACUGGAGUGACUGGGGAGACCGGCCCCACAUCUCCAGGGCCGAGAUGAAUGGGAAAGCAAUGGUGCCGAUGGUGACUGAAGGCCUUGGCUGGCCCAACGGCCUCACCAUCGACUAUCCCAACGCAAGGCUCUACUGGGUUGAUGCCAAAAUGAGGAUCAUUGAGUCGGUUAAUCUUGAUGGUACUGACAGGAGAGCUGUCCUCCGCACUGUCGCCACUCAUCCAUUUUCCAUAGUUGUCUUUGAAGACAGAUUAUUUUGGAGCGACUGGAAGACCAAGAGCAUUCAUCACUGCAACAAGUUCACUGGCAAGGGAGAGAAAACUCUGCUGGAGAAAGUGGACGAGAUUUAUGGAAUUCAUAUCUAUCAUUCUGUUCUCAAACCUGAUCAUCACAAUCCCUGCAAUUUACACGAGUGCGAGGGAGUUUGCUUGUUGGCUGCUAAUCACACGCACACGUGUGCCUGCAGUCCUGAUAGGACACUUGGAAAUGAUGGGAAGAGCUGUCAGCGACUGAAAGAUGCUAAACAUCAGCAUUUGGUCAUCGCCACUGGCAGAUUCUUCCUCGAUUAUUAUCAUCAGAUUCUGGGAAAGCCUGAGGUAAAGGGACAUUACACGUUCCAGGACAUUAGCAGUGCCACUUAUGAUCCUAUUCGGGAGUCCAUCAUCGUCGUGGAUCAGAAGUCGCAGACCGUCAACAGGUUCAAACCCUCUUCGGAGGAAUACUCGAGACUCUUUGAAGUUACUCAUCAAGUCAUCGGAGGAAUGGCGUUCGAUCACCUAGGGAAUAAUCUGUACUGGUCUGAUGUGGAGCGCAAGAUCAUCGUCAUCAGGAGCUUGACAACUUCCAAUGAGACACUCCUUCGUUUCACCGAACAGCCAUCAAGUAUUUUGCUCAUACCAGAGAUUGGCACGAUGUACGUGACCUUCUGCUCAACCUCGACGUGUCAUGUUGACCGAAUGUCGAUGACCGGUAAUGGAAGAACUCAGAUUGUGGACUAUCUCCAAGGCCCCCGAGUCUCCAUGACCUUCGAUCACGAGACGAGGCGAGUCUUCUGGGCCGAUCAGGGGACUGGCGUCAUCGAGAGCAUCUCCUUAGACGGAUACAACAGAAGGGCCUUGCACUCCGCUCUGGCUGAACCCGUCAGUGUGGCUAUCCUCGAUGACGAGGUCUUCUGGACGGUGAAGAAUAGCACACGUCUCUUCUGGUCGAGCAAAUCCAAGGCCCUCAGCAGGAAUAAAGGGCUGACGCUGGGCCUUCCGAUCGCUGUGGGCAUGAUGCACCUCGUCACCAUGAAUAUUCCUCAGGCAUCGAAAAACCCUCACAAAUGUCAGGAGAAAAAUGGUGGCUGCUCGCACGUGUGCCUGGUCGAGACUCCAGAGACAGCCGUGUGCAGGUGUCCAACGGGGAUGAUCUUGACCAACGACAAGAAGACCUGCGUGGCGGAGACCAUAUGCUCUUCAGGAGAAUUCAAAUGUACCGACAACAGCUGCAUUGAUAACACCAGUUUGUGUGAUGGAAUUGAUGACUGUCACGACGGAGGUGAUGAGAAAAACUGCACGUCCUCGAAGCCCUGUAAUCCUGAUGAAUUUCAGUGCAGAGACUCAUCAGGAUGCAUCUCCCCGUAUAAGAUCUGCGAUGGAAUCGCUCAGUGCUUCGACUCCUCCGACGAAGCGAAUUGUGCAGACAGCACCUGCGAUCACCUUCAUUUCCGGUGUUCCUCAGGUCGAUGUAUCCCUGUCACAUGGGAGUGCGACGGCGAAAAGGACUGUGUCAAUGGAGACGACGAGAGCGACAAGUGCACCAGGAAGACAUGCCCCAAAUCGAUGUUCACGUGCGAAAAUCAGAAGUGCAUCGAUGCUGAACUCAUCUGCAACGCUGUCGAUGACUGUGAGGACUCCAGCGAUGAGUUGCACUGCAAUAAGGAGAUCGCAAGGUCGUCGGUGCACUGUGCGAUCAAUGAAUACACGUGUGCAGGGAGUGGACAGUGCAUUCCCAUGGACAAGAGGUGCGACGGAGAGAUGGACUGCCCUAAGAACGACGACGAGCAUCACUGCAGCCACUGCAUGAGGGAUGAGUUCGCUUGCGGGAAUUUGAACUGCAUUCCGAAGAUGUGGAUGUGCGAUGAUCAGGACGACUGCGGUGAUAACUCAGAUGAGAAGGGUUGCGAUGUUCAUAAACAGUGGCACCUCGACACCAAGCAAUACGAUGGCCCUUGUCCUGAGUUCAGGUGCAACGACACCGGAAGGUGUCUCAAGUGGGAGUACGUCUGCGACGGUUUGAAUGACUGCUUCGAUGGCUCUGACGAGGGGGAUGGCUGCUCCACUAGUUGCUCAGGGAACAAUGUCUGCGAGCAGGUAUGUCAGAGGACACCAAGGGGACCGGCCUGCUGGUGCAGGAAGGGCUUCACAGUUGGAAAAAAUGGCAAGAGCUGUGAUGAUGUUGAUGAAUGCAGGAGCAACGUCUGCUCUCAGGUGUGCACCAACACAGUCGGGUCAUACGAGUGCGCUUGUUUCUCCGGGUAUGUCCUGCGGGCAGACAGAACCACCUGCAAGGUCAUCAAUGGAUCCAUGGAGUUCAUAACAGCUACGAGAGACGACAUCAGGCGUAUCCCUGCGUCCUUAGAAGUUAUCGAAGUUAUUCAUAGACAGCCACAGGUUGAUGUCACUGGCCUCGAUGUUAACGUUCACAAGUCCUCAUUGUACUGGAGUUCAGAACUUCUAGGAACUAUUCACGAGUUCAAUCUUGGGACGAGGGAGCACAGGAGAAUCAGCAACAUUGGAAGACCGAGGGUUUUGGCUGUUGACUGGAUCACUGAUAAUGUCUACUACUUUGAUACUGAGAAGCCCAAGGCCAUUAAAGUCUGCAAUAUCAAUGAGACCAAGUGUGCUGUCAUCGUCAAGCUGGAAGAUCCUGGAGACAUCCUGUCGAUGGCCAUUGAUCCGAAGAAUGGAUUCGUAUUUUGGGCGCAGAUGAAGUUUGCGGAUUUAGAUAGAGCGACCAGCGAAAUUUGGAGGGCUGAUCUCGAUGGUGAGAACUCCAUGAGCAUUGCUGGGGAUGGGCUGGGGAUCGUCUCGGGAAUCACCAUCGAUCAUGAGAGGGAAAUGAUCUACUGGGUUGAUGCGGUUCGGCAUGUUGUGCAGAGAGCGACACUCGAGGGGAAGGAGGUGGAGGUCUUCAUGCAGGAGGAGGUGCAUCAGCCAGUGGGGAUUAAUGUGUUUGAGGACGCUGUUUAUUGGCUGAUUGGGACCUCUGGUAUUAUGCAGAAGUGCUUGCUGACGGGAGAGAGGAAGUGUGUGCAGAUACCAUUGAAGAGUAACAAUGUCGAGGGACUUUUUGCUAUUCUUCAUGGCUCCAGACAGCCGAUGGGUAUCAACCAUUGCGAGGGUCACAGUUGUAAUUAUAUGUGUGUGCAUAGUCAGGGGAUUCCCCGGUGCAUUUGUCACGAUGGCGUGGAACAAGAUGUAGACAACGUAUGCCCAUAUUCCGACAUUUCGGAUAUCAGGUUUGAUUCUAAUUCACUUCUUCGCGAGAAACACCAGGGCUUUGAAAAGACUAAACGCCAAGCGGGACCACUCACAGGCAUCGUCAUUACCCUUAUUCUAGGGGUUGUUGUGCUAUCUGCCUAUUGGUAUUAUCAGAAACACAAGAUCGAAAUUCGUAAUAAAUACGAUUUGAGCAUUCACUUUCAAAAUCCAUCAUUCGAAAAUAGCCCAGGAAUAACCAGUGAUUACGUAUUGCCGAUAAUUCCCCCAGGCGAGCAUGAGUACGAAAAUCCAUUGAAUAUUCACGCGAAAUUACACCCAGUAUCGGCCGGAAAACACAACUCCAAGCAAUCCCUGGAACUGAUGAACUCCGAUCACUCCGAUGGUGAAGUUAUCAACGAUGAUCUUGGAUACAAAACACAUUUAAUCAAGCCAUAAAUUUGAUUAUUCGAGGUGUUUUAGGAGUUCAAUUGCCGGGGGGACUUUAGUUGUAAACUCGAAAUUGUGAUAAUGUGGGGCAUUACACCGGCGUAAUAAUGAACGAUUAAGUCAUUAGGUGAGUAUAAUGCGUACCACUAUUUUGGGUAAUUGAGAAGUUAUUGGAGGGUGUGGCUAAUAUUACUUUAUCAAGGUAUUAACUGUAAUUUUUGUUAUUAUUAUCAUAGUAUUACAUCAGGGGAAAACAGCAGAGAGAUAUUUUCCGUGAACAAUUUAUUAAUUCCAUAGGUUUUUAAUUUUGCUUUUUUGAGGAAUUUUAUUUUUUACAAAAAUACAUAUCGGGUCGUUGCGGAACUAAAAAAAAUCUGAUAUUUUUUAUCCCAAGUUAUCAUUACUAUUAUCUACUACUUCACAAGAAAUUUUCCACCGAAAACGUCGGUUGACGUUUUUCGCGAUUAUCAUUCAUGAAAAAAUUAGCAAUCAAUAAUUUUUUUUUAAUGAAUGAACAAAUCCGUCGCCAAUCAAUUUAGAAUCCACAGAUCGAACCAGAAAAAUUCUGCAACCAUUAUCAUAUGUGUUAAUCAUAAUUUUAUGUCCCCAUUAUCCUCUAGAUGUUGUUUUGUAAAUAUUUAAUUAUUUAUGCUAAAUAAGGCAGAAGUGAAUGUAACACCGAAUUUUCGGUUCACAGUCCACAGAUCGAAAUCGUUAAAAUUUUGACGGAACCGGUUUGUACUUUGCUUUCUAUUAUUUUUUAACUACUGUCAUAUCUCAUUUGUGUCCUCAAUGGAUUCGUCAACGGGGGAUUUACACGCCUUAAAAUUUAUGGCAUCGUCCUUCUGCGUCAUUCUGUGCAUAACUUAAAUUCAUCACGUACGCAUGUGAAUUGUAUUUGAAGAAAAUAUAUUUUUACUCCAAUGUUAUUUUUGUAUUGAAUUGUUGAGAAUAAAGAAUAUCGUUCCAGUUCUAUUGAA